UUGUCAUUCGGGAUAUCCGGCAGAUGUACAAAGAUGAAAGUAUUGCUUGGCGUUUCUCUGCUCCUGCUGUGCUUUGUCAGUCGCGUAAAAGCAGUCACCGUUGAGUCAUGUCCACUGGCCACCGGAAGCUUGCUUCGGACGGAGGUUGAGAAAACGGUCACUCUGACUUGUAUGACUGAUGAAGGUAUCGACCCAUCCAACCAAAAAGAAUUGCAGUGGUUCCGCAAUGGUGCCCGGGUGAACCUGGCAGAAGAAAACCGCCUGUACCGGAGUAGUCUUUGUGUACAGCCUGUCACUAAAGAGGACAACGGAGUUGUCUUUACCUGUCAGUUGAAGGGUGAUGCAACUGUGAACAGCUCCAUCGAGUUUGACGUCCAGUAUCCCCCAGACCUUAAUGACACUAAGGAAGUAUUUGUUGAAGAAACAAGUGAUGUUGUUCUGUCCUGUGAUGUCCGUGCCAACCCCCCUGUAAUUGUGACUUGGAAAAAGGAUGGUGAAGUUCUGGAUCUGAUCUCUGGUAGUUACAAAACAACCAAUAACGGCAUUACCGCUCUGUUAUUAAUCACAAAAGCUAAGCGCGAUGUACAUCAAGGAACGUACAUCUGCGAAGUAAACUCAUCUGUCUAUGGAAUUAUGGGCAGGACCUUUAUCGUUAUGGUUGAAGAUAAAGUGCUAAGGUUCCCUCUAGGACCCACAAUUGCUGGAGUGGUGGUGGUUUUAUGUACAAUUGUAUUUGCAAUUAUCUCUAGGAGGAAUACAAUUAUUAAGUGCAUCAAACCAAAUUGAACAUCUUCACAUGGAAUUGCAUCUCAGGAAUUCAAACCACAGCUAUUUGAGAUAUUGAGCAUUGAGAAGAUCAGACUGGAAUGCAAGUAACCAUUACUGGACUGGCAAAUGGGACACCACUCCUAAAUAUAAAUUAGUAAUUCAAAAACAAACAUCUCCUUUCAUUCCUGCUUAGCCCCUUUGUUUUAUUAUUGUUAAAUUAU